CGGAAGCUGCCGCUGAAAGCGGGACUUUGAGUCGCCCCGUUGUGGGGGCUCGUCCGAUGGAAACGCCGGGUGUCUUGGACGGACUCCAGUCCCGGUGGUUCCCUGGCGGCGCGAGGCGGACCCCGCGGCGUUUUGGUUGGGUAUUUCCUACGACUGUGCUGUGCGGCUACGGUUUCUUUGCCAACUUGCGACCGUCGGAACCUUUUCUCACGCCUUAUUUGUUGGGACCGGACAAGAAUCUCACCGAGACCCAGGUCUUCAAUGAAAUUUAUCCAGUAUGGACAUACUCUUAUUUAGUGCUGCUGUUCCCAGUCUUCUUGGCCACAGAUUAUCUCAGAUACAAGCCUGUCAUCCUUCUGCAAGGACUAAGCCUUAUAGUAACAUGGUUUAUGCUUCUGUACUCCCAAGGAAUUCUAGCUGUUCAGUUCCUAGAAUUCUUUUAUGGAUUAGUGACUGCAACAGAAAUUGCUUAUUACUCUUACAUUUAUAGUGUUGUGGACUUGAACUUGUACCAGAAAGUCACAAGCUACUGUCGAAGUGCUGCCCUUGUGGGCUAUACCGUGGGCUCUGUCUGUGGACAAGUCCUAGUAUCUGUUGUAGGCUGGUCCUUGUUCAGUUUGAAUGUGGUGUCACUUACUUCUGUAUCUGUUGCCUUUGCAAUAGCUUGGUCUCUGCCUAUGCCCCAGAAAAGCUUUUUUUUCCACCAUCAUUCAAGCCUCCAGGCCAGUAAAAUGAAGGUUCUAAGUUAUAAAAAUGGAACAAUUAUCCAACAUGAUCCUGCCUUAAAGAAGGUUCCCGGGUUGGAAGAUGUGGAAUUGAAGAUUCCAUUAAAUAUAGAAGAGUGUCCUGCAGAUGAGCAGGAGCAAAAGGUGAACAUCAUGAAGGGAAUCAAAGAACUCUGGCAGGACCUCUUACAGUGUUACUCUUCCUGGCCUCUGCUGUGCUGGUCUGUAUGGUGGGCCCUGUCAACAUGUGGCUAUUUCCAAGUGAUCAAUUAUGCUCAAGGCAUGUGGGAAAUUGUGCUGCCUUCUCAGACCUCUGAGAUCUAUAAUGGUGCUGUGGAAGCAGUUUCCACGUUGUUGGGUGCUGUGGCUGUAUUUGCUGUGGGACACAUAAAAAUAUCUUUUCUUACUUGGGGUGAAAUAAUCUUAGCUAUGUUCUCCUUCUUCAUUGCUGCAGCUGUGUAUAUCAUGGACACUGUUCGUAACAUUUGGGUGUGCUAUGCCUCCUACAUGGCAUUUCGAAUUGUCUAUAUGCUACUCAUUACAAUUGCAACGUUCCAGAUUGCUACAAAUCUAAGUGUAGAACGCUAUGCCCUUGUAUUUGGGGUUAACACUUUUAUUGCACUGGCAUUGCAGACAGUACUCACAUUGAUAGUUGUUGAUGCAAAAGGUCUUGGCCUUGAUAUAGUUACACAGUUCAUGAUCUAUGCUGGUUAUUUUGCUGUCAUAGCAGUAUUGUUCCUGAUAAGUGGCACAUAUAGUAUUAUCAAGAAUUUCUGGACAAAGGAAAGGAGAAGAAAUGAUGCUGUUGCAGAUGACACUUAAAAUACAAAUUUCUACUUUGGAAGUUAAUCUUAUGAAAACGUCCAAGAAACUUUCUUGACUCACAAAGAGAACAUCUUCCCUUCAACUAUUCAUAUAACCAACAUACAUAAUUUUAAUUAUAAUUUAAAAUAUAAUUAAAAUUGUAUGUACUUCAGCCCUUCGUGUUUCUCUUGAUAAGUAAAGGUUGAUAUAGUAACUGUGAAACUUCAUUUAUGUAAAGGAUAUUGGUAGUGGAUGAAUUAUGACACUUUCCUUGUUUGAGAAUAGCUGUGUGAACGCACAAACACACACAUGGGGAAAAUUAUGCCAUAUUAAUAACUAAUAUUAAUACAGUCCGCUCUUUUUGAGGAUAUAUGUUUUUUGCAUUAAUAUAAUCACAUUACGGUACAGUGUUUUAAAGAGAAGUUUCCUUCUCAAAGUAAAAAUAGCAGGAAAGUUAAAUAAAAAUAUCUUGAUAGGAAAAAAUAUUUUAAUCAAACUGUAAAACUAUUUUAAACAAAUAAAGAUA